AUGUAUAAUAAGAAUAACAACUUGGAUGAUCUUAAGCAUGAUGAUAGAUCAACAUAUAAUUCUGUAAUUGCUAUUCAGGAGAAUGAGGAGUUGAGCUUUUCUAAAAAAAAGUUACGUAAAAGAGUGAUGUUUGAAAGUUGGGAAGAAGCAUUAGAUGUAAUAAAAAUAUAUGCACAACAGGAAGAAUUUAAAUUAAGAAAAGGCUGUAGCAAAAAAACUUCAGACAGGCCAACAAAGGACAAUCCACAUAGUAUCAUUUAUAUUACAACUCUAAAGAAUAUGCAUAAUCAUACUUUAUCUCCUAAUAGAGAAAAAUUUUUUAACAGCAUUGAAUUUACACAAAAAAUAUAUAAAUAUAUAGAGUUUUAUAUCAAUAUGAUUAAGCUAAAACUAUUACAGAUUAAAAAAGCUUUAGAGAAAGAAUUUCCUAAUCAUAAAUUUUAUUUUUCUAAAGUUCACAAGGCAACUGCAAAAUUUUAUUGUGAGAAAUGGAAAGAUAUUUCUAAUGAUACUGCAUUUCUAUAUGAGGAUUUACUAAGAAAAAAGAAAGAAGAUCCUCGCUAG